GUGGUGGUGUCAGAACUGGCUUGAAUUCCCAGUUCUAGCAACUAUUUAAGAGUCUCAGAGCAUGUUACUUAACCAGCUUCCUCAUCUGUAAAAUGAGAAUAAAAUGAGGACUCUGGAUGUUUUCCUCUUCCUUUUCCUAAAGUUCUGAGUAUUUUGCACCAAGUCUCUAGAAGAGUUUAACUUUAAUAUCGUCAGACCUGACACCAGCCUUGCCUUGGGCCUUUCCUUGGAACUUACAUCUCCAGCUCAGUCUCCUUUCCCACUUCAGGGCAGGAAGCUCCACUUGGUCUCCACUUGCCAGUUGCCCAUGUUUCAGCUGACAGCCACUCCGCCAAGUGGCCUUGCAGAUGAGCCAGUGCACAUCCGAGUGACAGGCCUGCCCCCAGCCCAGAUGGUUACCCUCAAGGCCACGCUGAAGGAUGAGAAGGGGAAUUUAUUCCGGUCCAAAGCCUUCUACAGGGCUAAUGAAGCUGGUGAGGUAGACCUGGAGCGGGCUCCUGCAUUAGGGGGUGACUAUGUAGGGGUCCAUGCAAUGGGCCUCUUCUGGUCUCUGAAGCCUGAGAAGGCUUUCCGGAGGCUGCUGAAGAGGGAUGUGAUAAACAAUCCCUUUAAGGUCACUCUGGACCUGUAUGAUGUUUGCUUGCAAGAUUCAACCACAGCUCAGCCCAGGGCCAGCCAGAUGGUGCAGCGCUGGUUCUUGGGCCCUGGGGUGCAGCGGAAGCAGAUCAGAGAAGGUCGUGUGAGAGGAGCCCUUUUUAUCCCUCCAGGGGAAGGCCCUUUCCCAGGAAUCAUUGAUUUGUUUGGGAGCAUUGGGGGGCUAGUUGAAUUUCGGGCCAGUCUCUUGGCGACCCAUGGCUUCGCAGUGUUGGCACUGGCAUAUUUUGCCUAUGAAGACCUGCCUGACAAACUGCUGGAGUUGGACUUGGAAUAUUUUGAAGAAGCUGCCAACUUUCUACUAGCUCAUCCCAAGAUCCAAAGGCCAGGAAUUGGCGUGAUCUCCGCGUCCAAAGGUGCAGAGAUUGGGCUGGCCAUGGCCUGCUAUCUGAAGCAGGUGGUGGCCACCGUCUGCAUCAGUGGGUCCAACGCCAUCUUGGAGAUCCCGCUCAGAUACAGGGAUUUGCUUGUAACGCCCAUGCACUUUGAUUGGGAGUGCAUCCAGAUCCACGUCUCUGGGGCUGUGCGCCUCCGCAGCGGGAACAGAGACUCCCGGAAUGAGAUGAACCAGCAGAGCGUGCUUCCUGUGGAAGGCACAAAGGCACAAGGGUGCAUCCUCUUCAUCGUAGGCGAGAAAGACGAAUGCCUCAACAGCCAAGCCUGUGCUGAGCAGGCCAUGGACCAGCUGAAGAGCCACGGCAGAAGCAGUGGAAAGAUGCUGGUAUACCCUGGGGCGGGCCACCUCAUAGAGCCGCCCUAUGCUCCCUUGUGCUUUGCAUCCUGGAGUCCAGCACUCCCCCGCCCUGGGCUCUGGGGAGGGGAUCCUGUUGCCCACGCUGCAGCCCAGGAGCACUCCUGGGGAGAGAUACAGAAAUUCUUCAGACAACACUUCAGUGGGACCGGAAGCAAACUCUAAGUGAAAGCUUGGUGAAGAUGGGGUGAGGAGAGGCUGGAAUGGGGCACGCGGGGAAAGAAGGAGGAGACAGGGAAGGGGGAUUCGUCCGGUUUCUCUAGAUUCACAGCCAUCUUCAAUCGACUGAAUGGAAAUCGAACAAAAAUCAAAGGACCAGGGCACACGUAUUUGACAAGUUUAAAUGUGCUUUGAAUUUUUGUAAAUUGAAUCCUAGUUUGUAUCCACUAGCGGGCAUUGCUAUUUCAAAAUUGUGAUACUUUUGCAAAUUGCUUAGUUUUUAUCCACAUGCCUCCACCUCCUUAGGGAUGGCUUGGAUCCAGGCCUUGCUAAUCACUAUGAAUUCGCUGAAAUUUUCCGUAAUUCCUGUUACUUGCAGGAGUACAAUUUCCAUUUAGACAAUUUUGAGUUGGGUUUCUGACAUUUGAUAUGAAAGUUCUAAAACCACCAUCAAGUAUGAUGCCUCCUGUAGAUUUCCAGUAGAUAAUUUUUUAAAAUGUUACACAUGAUGCUUCUCUUUAUUCCAUUUAUUUAUUACUCUUUUAAUCAGGAGUAGGAUUGAAUUUAAUCAAGUGCCUUUUAGUAUUUGUUGAAAUUAAAUGAGUUAAAUAUAGUUAAGGCUUUUGGAACAGUGCCUAGCACACAGCUAUAUCCAUAUAGAAGUUAACCGUUAUUAAUUUCAUAAUGCUUUCCUCUUUCCAUCUGUUACCGUGGUGAAUUGCUUUCAUUAAUAAGCUAAUUUUGCUUGUUAACCUAAUUUUAGUAGCCAAAUUUCUCAUGUUAACUAAUUUGGGUUCUAAAAUUUCUUUUGGUGCACAUCUCCUCAUUUGUAGUAUUUCAGAAUUUCACUCAUAUUUUCUAGAACACUUUUUUUUUUUGUUUUAUGAUUUUUCACAUAGACCCUGCUAUUUACUUUCUCUUCUCUCUUCAUCUGACUUGGUGAAUGUUAUGGUUUGAAUCUACCAUGUUCCCAAAGGCCAUGUGUUUGUUGCCAGCCUGGGGUGUUAUUGGAUGGUGGUAGAGAUUUUGGGAGGUGGGACUGGUUGGAGGUGGUGGGCAACUGUGAGUAUGUCCUUGAAGGGUGUAUCUUGUCCCUUGACCCUUUUUCUCUCUCUGCCACCAUGAGGUGAAGCAGCUCUGCUCUGCCAUGUGCUGCCUGCUAAGAUUUUCUGUCCCAUCAUGUGUCUACAGCUAUGUGGCCAAGUGACUAUGCUCUGAAACCUUGAGCCAACAUAAAUCUUUACUCCUUUAAAUUGAUUUCCUCAGGUACUUGGUACAGCAACACCAAAUAUUUCUCUAUUUUAUUUAUCUCUUAAGGGGAAGCUUUUGGUUUCCUUGGACACCAAGUCUUCUGGUGCCUUAUCCUAGACAUCUUCCUUCAGAACUGUGAGAAAUGAUUUUCUGGUUUUUAUCCCAGUCUCAGUCUCAAGUAUUCUGUUAGCAGCAGUACAAAUGAACUGAUUAUCUUCAGCUUUAGGACAUUUGCUUCUAUUCAUUAUUUGACCACUUCUUGCUUUCUAUUUUUUUUUUCCUUGUUGUUACUGUUGUUCUUUCCUCUGGAACUUCUAUUAUGAAGAUUUUGAAGCUUCUGGAUGAAUCCUUCAUGAAUAUUUUUCUCAUAUUUUAAUUUCAUUGUACACUUUCCCCUUGCAUAUUUAGAGAACUCAAGUACAGCCCAUUAAUUUGUUCUUCAACUAUGUCCUAUCUACUAUUUAGCUCAUGGUUUUGAAUUUAUUUUGAAGAUUAUUUUUAAAUUCCAUGAUCUCUAAUUGGGUAUUUUCUUAAAGCUGAGUCUUGUUUUAUAGCUAGGUUAUCCUUUCUUUUUCCUCCUUUCACUUGUGGCUUUCCUGAACACACCCCGUGUAGAAAAAAAACAAACACAUGAAGUUCCUCUUAUUGAGAUUCAGUAACCUGCCUACCUCAGUAUCACCCAGAUUUUAUGUCAGCAGAAUGAAACACAUCUUCAUUUUCUUCUUUGCAGGGCCUUAUUGGAAUCUCAGUUCCCAGCUCCACUGUUUAGUCUUGGCAUGAUUUUAACAAAUGUUUGAAAAUCUGUUUCUAAGUCUGCCAUUAUUAACUCAAACCCUCAAAGGAUAAAUUAAUUUUAACUGUACUGUUUAGUUAAUGAGCCUUAGAUGUGGACCUCAUUGGGUCCACAGGCAGCUGGGGUAGAGAUGCACCCACUUGUCUCUACCCUAAACCCUUAUGGCUAUUGAAGAAUAGAAUGGACAAACAGUGAAAUGAGAAAUGCCUGACUACACUGGAUGGACCACACAGAAGUAGAAACUGAUGACCAUAAUGAUGGAGCAUGAGAAGAGGACAUAACUAUUUUGUACAGAAAUAAAUGUGACUAUAGUAAGCCUAGAUUUACCCAGUUGUGGAAGGACGUCACUGGCAAUUUAAAAGAAAACAUUGCUUUAUAGGAUGACUCAAUGGAGAGAUAACUUUAUGUAUCAUUAAAUGUUAUCCCAAAGGAAGAACUGUUUUCUGUUUCAAAAUAUUUGAGUUGAAUUGAUAGAUGGAAGUUCUAUUAGGGUUAAUUGGGGAAAAGUGAGAACAUUUUUCCCUCAAAGAAAGUCUUUGAGGAAAAGAGCUGCCCCUCACCUGCCUUCCACGUCCACACAGACUUAUGUGGCUUCAUGGAAAGGCCAUAGAAUAUAGCCUAUUACAGAUGUGGACACACAAGAUAUCAAAACGAGCCCACCAGGGUGAGACCAGAGUCACCAGUUUUGAGUAGUAUAAAAGCUGAUUUUCCCAGUAGACGUUUCUGCUAUUGGGAGUGUGUAUAGAGUGACCUGGGUGCUCACAUGGGACCAGUGGGCUGGGGAGUAGAUCCAAACCUGAUUUCUCUUUCUUAAUUUUCAUUCAUCAUCAGGCUCCUGUGAGCUGGGGAAAUUUGAUUUGGAAAAGUGUCCUCUGAGGAGGAAACAUUACUGAAAGUGACCAUCCCUCCACACCCAGGCUAUUCUCAAGCUAUUGAAGCAACAUCCUAACAGUUUUUCACAUCCUUCUAACCCACCUUCUCUUAAUUACUAUCACCACCCUAGUCCAAGUCAUAAUCCUGUUUUAACCCACAUAAGAACCUCUUCAUUGAUCUCACUCUCUUUCUUCUUGCAAUUCUCUUCAACCCAGUCCACACACAUUUAUAGAAGGGCUCUUUAAAAUCUGACUACAAAUCUGAUUAUGCCAUUCUCCUGCUUACUGAAGGGUUCCUGUCACUGGAGGAUAAAUUCUGAAGUUCAUAAUAAGGCGUCCAAAGUCUCCAACAUGGUGUCCAGCAUUAUCAAGUGUCUUUCCUUCAUUCAUUCACUGUCUUUCAGUCACACUGACCUGCCUUCAGUUCUUCUUUCCUGCUCCAGAGUCUUUGUAUAUACUAUUCUUGGCUUAUUAUGCUUUCCCUCCUGCUGUCUAGUCAUCUCCUACUCCUUCUAAAUAGUCCCACAUAAAUGUCACUUAUUUAUGGAAGACUUUACUGUUAACCAACCUAUCUUCCCCAUCUAAAAUAGGUAUCCCUUCAAAGCCCUAUGUAUCAAAUAUCUUGUGAUUGUCUUCCUUUUCUUGCACUUAACUCUCAGUCUCAUGAGGGUAGGAAGCAGGUCAAUUUGUUUUGUUGCAUACCCCUAGUUCUUAACACAAUUCUUAUCACAUAAUAGAUACUCAUUAAAUAUUUAGGAAGGAAUGCAUGAGUCCUGAGACAUUCUAGAUCAAGAGGUAGGAUGUGAGCAAGAGUUUUGGUGUUCAUUACAAAAUUUUCAUGAAAGUACAGUGUGUGAUAGUAAAGGACAUUAGUUUUAGUUUGAAUUGAAUUCAGCAGAGCAGAAAUUAUAUCAUGACUUCAAUGUCACCUAUUCCUUAAAACAAGCUCGGGCAAUCAGGUAAUUGAUGUAUCUGCCUCCAAGAUAUUCAACACCCUUGAGGUUCUGGUAGUUGCAUAUAAUAAUGAAUCAAGCUAAGUUUUUUGAAACUAAAAUGUCAUUUGUUGUUCUUCUACUCAUAAAAUAGUCCCAAUGAUAACUACUUCUCUCCUUCUGAGUAUAGGAUUAUGGCUGUUUGCAUUCUCUGAUUCAGUAGUUACCCACAAUCCUUCUGCCUAACACAACCAAAUAGAGAGAUCUUUAGAAUUUACCAGAAGGGGUGUUCAUCUGUUCAUAACUGCUGAGUGCAGCUUCUUCACCAUUAUGAUCCCUACAUAUGAAUGUGUUUCAUCUUCCUGCUACCUUCAGGCCCUAUUAUUUUUCUCCUUAUUUCCAAAUAAGUCAUAGUCAGUCUCCCUUUAACCAAGUUAAGGAGAAUUCUGGCAUCCAUCUAUUGGAAACAUUUUCAUGAAGUGUUUUCUGUGUCAGACCCUGUUCUGGGUAUGUAACUGAGGAAAUGAAAGGCGUUGUGGAUAUCUACAGGGUUCAUAGUCUGGUGAGGCUGCUUAUGUGAACACACUUUAUUGGCCUUUCUUUUGUUUCUUUUCAAUUCCCUUUCACAGGGAAUUAGACUUUCUCAGGCUCCUCUUGGGCCUUCCUGAAAAAGAGGAAGAAAAGUAGGCAGAAUUUAUUUUCUCUUAGGCAGUAGUGACUACUUGUCCUAUUUGGAUUCAGUGCUUUGUCCUUGAUGGAAGAUCUACCUGAGAGGUCCCCAGGAAGAAAUGAAUUGCACAUGGCAGACUUGAAUGAGAAAGAUAAAUCUAAGACUUGUCAAGGAUUUUGGUGCUAAAGAGAGGCAACACCAAGGUCACCAAGUUAUAAGGGGAAGAAAACAGACUGGCUGAGGAGUGAGGAUUCCCAGAAACCCCUGGGAGUGUUUUAUUAGCAUGGUGCUCAGUCACACGCUGAUAACGUGCAAAGUCCAAGGCUAGGAAAACCAAAUCUGCAGCCAGGGAUUUAAAACACUAUAGAUAGGUCUUUCACAGAAGUACAUGUAGAAGAAUAAUAAGACUCAUUUUGUGGAGUUAACUUUUCUUCUUGGAAAUAUGAUCCAAUGACCAAAUAUUUAAAUGACCUCUCACGGUGACAAAAAAAUGGGUAUUGCACAAAUAACCUAGUCUGCCAAAUUCUUCAGAAUGUCUUAUGAAAAAUGAAAUAAAAUUGAGCCAUCAUUACUUUUUUUUUUAAAAUUACUAACCUAUGUUUAGGAAAAGAAAUUGGGUGAUAUUAUUCUUAGGUAGCUUAUACAAGAUUGCAAAGCUCAGAUCUUGCAAAUGAUUCCUUAUGAUUUUUUUCUCUCCAGAGCCAUCUUCUGAACUAUCUAAGUAGGUAUAUCACAUUGAAAAACCUGUGAAAAGAUGUGGACUUGGUUCAAAGGCAUUUUGAUGUAAUGGAAAGAAUAGAAACUGGAGUCAAGCAGACCUGGAUUAUAAUGUUGUUGUUUAUGUGUAGUACUAGUUUUGGAUUCUAGUAGCUUCUCUGGGCUCCUUGCUUGGAAAACAACUAGAUUAUGGAUGUGAAAGCAUGAUGUGGUUUAGAUUCUGGGAUGACUAUGGCAUUAUAUAUUCCUCCGCAGCUUUAGACAGACUUCUCUUGAAGAUGUGUGUGAGAGUGUGUGUAGGCCAGAAUGAAAUGGAGGCUUCAGGAAAGUUUUAGCAGAUGUAACUUUUGUUCCUGAAAAUGAACAUCUAAUGUUUUUUGACAACUCAGAGGUACAUGUGGGAUAUCAUGCUAGGUAUCCUAAAUGUGCAUCCAAGUAUCUUAAAAAUUUAAGAAAUUCCUUUAUUUUGCUUAAACACACAUGCACAUGUGCAUGCACAUGCGUAGACACACUCACUGGAAUGACCUCUUGGUCAUUCCCUAUUUCACAUGGUAUGAAAGGCAUAAACAUUUGUCGAGGUCAUUUCGUGACGAUUGUUCAAAUAUAUUUGCCCAGUAGGUGAAACAUAAACAAAGGACAUGAGCCAGAAUACAUUUUGUGAUAACGUUUUUUUUCUUCUCUUUAGAAAAAAAAUAUGUACAAAAAAUGCUAAUAAGAGCCAACAUGGAAGUGUCAAGAAAACAUUCUGAUAAGUACAGACAAGGAGCUCCUUCUCUCAAAGGAGGGACACAUUAGUUAUUACCAUGCUAGAAAACUGGGAUGCAGUUAAAAUCCUAGAACAGUUAAAAAGCCCAAAGUGAAGCUGUUGCUCUGGGGCUCUAUGUUGUAGAUGCUCUGAUAUCCUUUCUGUAAAAUAACACUGUGCAAACUGUAAAAUAUUCAUUUUCAUAUAAAGUCCAUACAAUAUGAUAUACAAAACCAUUGAGUUGACAGGGGAGGCUGGUGCUGGCUGCUUUUUGGAGAAAAAGCUGCAUUGUUGCCUGCCUGUCCAAAGAUAUGAUUCCAAUUUCUUAGGUGGGCAAGGCCAUUAUCUAAGAAUCAUAACCCAACACCCACCAAAUCUAAGAUUCUCUGCCAAUUGUUAGUGUAACCAAGCUACUUCAUUAAUAUAUUACUUUAACUUUUGAUGCAAUAACCUGUUAACAGUUCAGAACAUAAUGUUCUUGUUGAAGAUUUUCUUCCCACAAUUGAUUAAGAUUUAUCAUUAACCAACAUUGUCCUUCCUGCAACUCAAAAGUUUAACUUCCAUUUAAAAUUCAAAAAUUCUGAAGGAGGCAGCAACUGUGGUAAUAAAAGGUUAAAGUGAAUUGUUAUAUUAAUUUCGUGUCUAUAAAACUGAGAAAAAAAGGUUUGUGUACAAAUAUCACAAAACAACAUCAACCAUUGAAUAAAUGUGAUGCUUCAAUGCACACUUGAACAAGAAGAAAAUUUUGUUGGUUUUAAAAUUCUGGCAUAAAUAUAUUAAAGCUGAAAAAAAAAAAAGAGAUCAGGGCAAGCUACAUCACUUUGUCAUACAAAAAAUGUACAAAACAUUAGCCUCUAACUAGAUAAACAUAAUACUUGUCUUCACAGUUUGACCUUGAGUAACUGUGUGUUUUGAAGUUUUGAAUUGGAAGGUGGUUAAAAAAAAAAAAAAAAAACCCA